AUGUCUAACACCGUCUUUUGCUCUCCGAACGAUAAACUCUACUCGAUCGAGGCUACCCGCUCUUUUUCAUCCACCAACUCCUUCGAGACGACGUCCAGCCUGUCUCUUUCCGACACAAUAAAACCCUCCGACUUCUCCCCCUCCUACCAUCUGAGCUCCUAUGAGGCAGCAUACCACUCGAAGCCCUCGCAGCUCAACGCGUCUGCCCCGCAUUCCCGCCCGCUCCGCAAAAUCUCCAGCACGAUCUCCCCCAUCCUCCCGCGGCACCCCGCACGCGCCGUCCGCCGCGUCGCCUCGUUCGCAGCAGGCCUCACCUCGUCCCUCAAUCUCACCUCGCACGAGGACGAUGCCGACGCUGACGCCGACGAAACGGACCCGUUCGCGAUGCACGGCGAGCCGUAUCACCCCGCCCCAGUCCGCACCCCCGUUCUCUCGACGGAAGCGUUCGACCUGUCGAUCUCCGAUCGCUCGUCGUCGCCGGAGAGCACGCGUUCGCUUCGGUCCACGCGCAAGGGGGAUAUCUGGCUCCGGUCGCACGUCGACCUCAACUUUUACUAUACGCUGACGGCGCGGAGGCAGUCCCGGAGUGCGCGCUGA